UUCCGCAAAAUCUGUGGCGUAGCUUUCGUCAAGGCUGCUUCCGUCCCCAUCACCGAAAACGUCGUGCUCACCCAAACCACGACCCUCGACGACUGCAUCGGCCUAUGUGCUGCGUAUAAUGAGGCGAACAAGACCAGCAUUGCGGGGGGUGCGGAUUAUGUUUGCAAUGCUCUUUGUUGGCGGAAUGGGUUUGUGAACGAUGAUUAUCCGGGGACGUGUCUUGGGUUUACGACGGCGAAUAGUACA